GUUGAUCUAUUAAUUUGAAAUUUUAUGGUAAUAAUAUAAAUGACCAUUACUAUUAUUGACUACAUUUGUCUGUGUAAAUAUUUAAAUAAACCUUCUGUAUUUGUUUUGUCGGCUUAGACGGCGGUACCCAAUGUCUCUACAUUUGCUUAUUAUCGGUUAAAGUGACCAGAAAAGUCCAGACUUUUGAUACAUGACUUGACUUAGAACAAUAUUUGAAAUACAUGAUGAUAUUAUGGUCUAGGAAAUCACAACGCAAUUAUACGCGACGGUGAGGCUUGGGGCAUGAUAGCAGAUACUUAUUAAAGUCCGUUAAAUUAUCCAUAUUCAUAUACUAAGUAUUUAUGAAUUGUUGAGAUGAUCUUUAUGACUCAACUUUGUUUAAACGUUCAAUCUUUAAUAUGAUAGUUAAAAGAACUAAUAAAUGAAUAUGCACUAUGUUAAGAUUCGAUUUAGUGAUCUAGUUAAUUACCUACGUAACACGGAUGAUACAGUAAAACCAGAUUUUCUGUCAUCGUGCAAAAAACUGCAGACCUAAGUUCCUAGAGCGUUUGUAAUAACAUUUUGGCUCUUCAUACUUGCUUAAACUUUUUCGUAGCUAAUUGUUAUUUUGUAAACUUACUAAUACAUUUCAUUACAUUAACAACAACGUAUGUUAUUUGCCAAAACAAAAAUACAAUAAAAAAAAGACAAAAAAUAUAGUCUUAGUUGAGCCAUCAUCUUAAAGCUGGAAUCUAGAGCCGUAAAGCAUAUAAUUAAAAAAAACUCUUACUCUGUAGUCUGUACAGUGCGCAAAAAUCUGUCAAUCUUAUAGUAGGUAGGUGUCAAUGUCUUGAGUGUUAUGUAUUUAUUUUUGAAUUCAAAAUAUAAUCUUACAAUACCUACACGUAAAGAAUUAUUUCCUUUACAGAUGAAAAAGUUGUGCAAAAUUAGCAAAAAUUGUAUGAUUUGUUAAUAGAAUGGAAUAAAUUACCUUGUUUAUAAUUUCAUAAAUACAUCUGUACGUAACAGUUUAGAUGCCUGAAUAUACUGUCACAUCAGAAAUUUAUGGAGAAUAUGAUUAUAAGACUGGCAUGAAACCAAGUAGAGAAGGAAAUGUGAUAUCAGAGUUUCCAUUUCUGCUACCUAAAGGGAACGACAAAGCUCAGUUUGAUGAAGACAGUGAUUUAGAUAUAGAGAGGCCACAGAGGAAUGUCAUAAAGAUAGAACACAGUUCCAAAACCAACAUAUCCUUAGUAGGCUUGCAAGUGUGGAGAGGUGCUUUCCUACUGGGAGACCUGCUGAUACACUUGGGGCUAAAUGGAGGCUUGAGUGGGAAGACGGUAUUGGAACUUGGCGCUGGUACUGGCUUGACCAGUUUUGUAGCUGCUAUUUACGCCAAAAAGGUUGUUUGCACAGAUAUCGAUUUAGGUGGCAUAUUGGAACUAAUAAAGUUGAACGCAAAAUAUAAUUCAAAACUGAUCAAGUCGCAAUUCAAAGUUAUGCCACUCGAUUUUACGAGCACAGAUUGGAAUGUUUCUUUAUUGGAUGAAAUUAAACGAACUGACGUUAUCAUAGCUUCGGAUGUGACUCUACCACCGAUAAGGCAGAUUCUACUGAGUAAGCCGGCAAGAAGCUCCGCUAUUAUUAUCUGUUCGGGAGCUAUGGCGAUACGCUCGACCGUAACAAUAGAAAGAUCUUCCUCCGAGCGGGUGAUCGUGCUCGGGGACCGAGGUCCGAACAUUCAUUUUUGGAAUUUGUAUAUAUAGGCAUUCUUCGUGAACACUUCGCUAGCGCGAUGCAGGAUUUUUGUGGCGCCACCUAGUUGUGUAAUGUGGAGACUGCUACAAUAUCAUUAAUAGCCCAUAACGGUCCACUGAUGGAAUUAAGGUGUCUUAAGGAUUUGUCUAUAAUCACUAAACUAGGAAGACGGGUUCAAUAAUCUGUACAUGGUAGUAGUGGCACAGAGUAGUGCUACCCCUUAUCUGUUCUUUUCCCUUCAUCACCUCGUACGACUCCAGCGAGAUGAGGGAUGGUGACAUCUGUAUUCUGAUCUGCCAUCACCACAGCAGUUUUGGUUAGGGGUAUCCUAAAUAUGAGUUUUGUAACUUUCUUACUUAAGUGAGAAAGGCAAAAUUUAGAAUAGCAUAGUAG